AUGUCCAACAAGCAUUUCAUCAAUGACGCAGCAGACCUAGUCGCAUCAGCGCUUCGAUCAGUGCCCGUCACAAACCCAGCGCUCAAGCUAGAUGAGGAAAACAAAAUCGUUUACUCGAGGCACAACGCCGCUGACACCGUCGCGAUUGUCUCCGGCGGAGGUGCUGGUCAUGAACCCAGUUUUGUCAGGUAUCAACCUCACAUGCUCAUUUCCAGGCCAUAUCAGAAUGCCCAUGACUUUGUAGGCAGCGGCAUUCUCCGUGCUGCCGUCUCAGGAUCGAUUUUUGCCAGUCCAAGUGUCAGACAGAUCUAUAAUGCCAUCAUCCACCGUGUGAACCCCAAUAGUGGGGUGUGUAUGAUCGUUAUGAACUACACCGGCGAUGUGCUCCAUUUUGGGCUGGCAAGCGAAAAGGCCAAGGCCGCUGGUCUAGAUGUCGAGAUGGUAGUAGUCGGCGACGACGUCGGUGUCGGGCGUGAAAUAAACGGCAAAGUUGGGCGCAGAGGUAUCGCUGGUACGGUGCUAGUCCACAAGGUCGCUGGGGCGCUAGCAGCCGCAAAGGGCAACUUGCAGGAAGUGACGGAGGUCGCAAGGUUGGUGAGUGCUAAUUUGGUGAGUGUUGGGAGCUCGCUGGGACAUGUGCACGUACCGGGCCAUGGAACGGCAGAGAAUGAGGCAGCGUUGAAGGAAACGGAUGUAGAGGUAGGGAUGGGGAUUCAUAAUGAGCAGGGGUUCAAGAGGAUUCCAAUCCCGCCGCUCGGUGAACUAGUGAGUCUGCUGUUGAAACAAUUAUUAGAUUCGAGCGAUAAAGACCGCGGAUACCUAGAAGAAGUAGAGAAGAACGAGGGAUGGGUCCUGUUGAUCAAUAAUUUGGGGGGUGUCAGUCCCCUAGAGAUGGGAGGUGUCACUACAGAAGUCGUCAAACAGCUUGACGCGACUUAUGGUAUUGAGCCAAAAAGAGUAUUCAGUGGAACCUAUAUGACCAGCUUGAAUGGGAAUGGUUUCAGCAUUAGUCUUCUGAGACUGGUUGAUACCGGGCUUGGGAAAGGGAAGAGUAUGCUAGAACUUCUGGACGCGCCAUGCGAAACAAUCGGAUGGCCGAUGAUUGUCAAGCCUGAAACUUGGGAUAACAAAGUCAAGGACGAGGUGGCCGAGAAGAUUGCAGUUGAUGAGAGAAUACCAUCUUCAAAAUUGAAAAUGGAUACGGCUAUCUUCUCGAAGAUACUGACUGCAGGGUUGAAAAAACUCAUUGAGGCUGAGCCAGAGAUCACAAAGGCCGAUGAAAUCGUAGGUGAUGGUGACUGUGGGCUCGCGCUUAAGUCAGGUGCAGAAGCGGUACUCAAGUUCAUUGAUUCCGGGAAGGUUGUCCCAGAUGCAGUCAUCACCGUCGCAAAGCUUGCAGAGAUAGUGGAGGAGCAUAUGGAUGGUACUUCAGGGGCCAUUUACUCAAUCUUUCUCAACUCCCUUGCGAAAGCGCUCCGGAGGAGUGGGGAAGAGAGGGCAACACUCAAGACAUGGGCAACUGCCGCAAUGGCCGCUCUUGUAUCUUUGAGGAGAUACACCCCUGCACAGCCAGGCGAUAGGACCUUGGUUGAUGCACUACAGCCUUUCAUUAUUGCACUGGCGGAGGAUAAAGGGUUGGUUGCUGCAGCAAAGGCUGCAAGAGAAGGCGCAGAUAGUACAAAGGGGAUGAGACCACGUCUGGGAAGAAGUGUCUAUGUUAAUGAGAUUGGGGAUACUCUGGAUCCUGGUGCCGUGGGAAUUGCAGUCUUGGUUGAGGGCUUCGCGCAGUCUAAGUAA